AUGGAGGAGGCCCCCAGCCGCCUAGAAGCCCUGCAGAAGCUGCGGGAGCGCCUGUGCACCGAGACAGAGCCCAGCAAGCUCUACAGCACCCUGAAGAAACUCUCUCGCCUGCCCGUGCUGGGCGACACCCUGGAGGAGAUUGGCUUCAGGAAGACCAUCAAAGUGUUGAAGAAACAGCAGCUCCUGCUACCCUUUGCCAAGGACUUAGCGGCCCAGUGGUCAGAGGGGUCCCACUUUGGGCCCCGGCCUGAACCCAGACCCCAGGACUUUGCCUCCCAGAGCAGCGCGACGACAGAGCCUCGCAGAGACUCCCCAGAGGCGCUUGAGCCUGCUUCCCGGCCACAGGGAGGAGGUGGCAGAGAGGUCUUGGAGGUCAGCGGUAGCAGCCCGCAGCGAAGCGCACCUCGCAGCCCAAGCUCCGAGCCAGCGGGAAGAAAGAGGCCCAGAGGGUCCUUCGGGGGCAGGCAGCUAGCCGCGGAGAGCCAGGUACAGCCAGCGGCUGGGCCAGCGAAGCGGCGUCCGUCUCCCCCGAGGGAAAAGACCCCUGGGCCCUGGAUCCGGGAAGACCAGCAGGCCGCUUCUUUGCAGGCUCGCCUCGACUACCACAGCUCUGACAGCUCUCCGUCUUCCUCCGCGCCCGCGCCGCCGCCUCCGGGCAAGAGGAAGAGGAAAAGCAACUGGAAAGCUGAGGCGCAGAGCCCCGGAGCAGAGGUGCCUCGGGGCGAGUCUCACAGCUGCAGCGAUCUGAAUCUCCUCCUGGAUGACGAUCCCUUCCCAGAGCUCACCUCCGGUCUCCAAGCCUGCUUCUCCGGAGGAGAAGGACCUGAGGACUCUUCCUUGCACACUGACCGAGAAGCAGCACCUUGGGCGCGCAGGGCGACCUGGAAAACGCCUGUGUAUUCGGGUAGCACACCAGCCAGAGCUCUCCCAAGGAAAUCGCACCAAGGACGCUUUGCGAACCCCGACCGCACGUGGGAAACUCACAGCCAACCGGCCCCGCAGGAAUGCGGGCUCUGGAGACAGCAAGAGGACCAGUCCCGCACCUGCAAGCCAACUAACCCCCAGACUGAGACCCAGACACACCUCAGGCUGCAGCAGUCCAGCGAGCUGAGGCUGAAAGCCCUGACAGCCCGCAUCCAAAGCUCACAAGCCAAGAAGCAUCAAGACCGCCAAACCAAGCUGAUCUCCUUCCACGCCCUGACCGCAGACCCAGGCCAGCAUGCAGACUCCGCACCCAGACGGGAAGACUCCCCCGAAAACCUGAACUGCCUCAGCCAAGGCCCUGGCACUGACCUUGUGAAGAGGGCUCCGCGCCCCGCCCUGGGCGGCAGGGACCAGACCCGUGCUAAGAAAGCCGCCCCGCUCAUGGCCAAGGCCCUCAAGGAUUACAAGAAUAGGUGGUCUCGGAAGUGA